AUGAACCAGCUCAGCUGCGCAGCGUUCGUGGCGGGGAUCAUCGAGGGCGUGUGCGAUGGGUGCGGGUUCGAGGCGAAGGUCACGGCUCAUAAUCAGCCGACGGAGAUGUGGCCGAGUCGAACGAUCUUUUUGCUCAGGUUUGGGGAGAGUGUCAUGGAGAGGGAGAAGGUGUUGGAGAGGGCGGGGGUGAAAUAA